GAAAAAUGCGUUGGGUUUUGUUUAACAGAAACUCUUUCUCUCGUACACUGUUUGUUUGCUUUUUCCAGAUUUCUAUCGGACAAAAAUUUGCAGAUGAUAAUAUCUCAGCCGUCCAUUUUCUGACAAUCUCGAAUUGUGAUCUGUGAUUCAACUUUACCCCACGUCCUUUUUCUCUGUCUUUUGUCUGCUUAGAGCUAAAUACCAUUUCCACUCUCAUAAGCCACUGAACUAUACAGUCUCUCUCUCUCUGGCUUAAUUUUUCUCGAGACUUUACCCCACAAUUCAUUCUUUACUUGACUCUUAUCACCAUUUUCAGAUUCAUUUCACUGUCUCUCUCUCUCUCUCUCUCUCUGAGUUCUUCUUUACUGGGUUUUUCUUCUUUCUUCAGAUUCCCUUGUGGGUUUCUUUUGAUUUUCUGAAGCUGGUUGAAUCUAUGGCUCUACUCAUUCUUCUGCUGCUUUUAGCAGCUUCUUCAGUCAGAGCUGAUGAAGUUCUUGCAGAUGCUUUUGUUGGUGUCAAUAUAGGAACGGACCUGUCUGACAUGCCACAUCCAACUCAGGUAGUAGCUCUUCUUAAAGCUCAGCAAAUCAGACAUGUCAGGCUAUAUGAUGCUGACCGUGGUAUGCUGACUGCUCUCGCAAACACUGGCAUUCAAGUCAUGGUAUCUGUCCCGAACGAACAGAUUCUUGGCAUUGGUCAAUCAAAUUCCACGGCAGCCAAUUGGGUGUCUCGCAAUAUUGUAGCAUAUUACCCUGCCACCAAUAUAACAGCUAUUGCUGUAGGCUCGGAAGUUCUAAACACUCUUCCGAAUGCUGCACCUGUUCUUGUUAAUGCCCUCAAGUACAUUCACUCAGCCCUUGUUGCAUCCAAUUUAGACCGCCAAAUCAAAGUUUCUACACCCCUUUCUACUUCUCUAAUCCUUGACUCCUUCCCGCCUUCCCAGGCAUUUUUUAACCGCUCAUGGAAUUCAGUUUUGGUUCCCAUGCUUAAUUUCUUGCAGUCUACGGAUUCGUAUCUCAUGCUCAAUAUAUAUCCUUACUAUGAUUACAUGCAAUCAAAUGGUGUAAUUCCAUUAGACUAUGCACUCUUCAAGCCUCUCCCUCCGAACAAAGAAGCUGUUGAUUCCAAUACACUUGUCCACUACUCGAACGUCUUUGAUGCCAUGGUUGAUGCUGCUUAUUUUGCUAUGGCCUUUUUGAAUUUCACUAAUGUGCCUGUUUUAGUGACUGAAUCCGGCUGGCCAUCAAAAGGCGACUCGAAUGAGCCUGAUGCAACUAUUGAAAAUGCCAACACUUACAAUAGUAAUUUGAUCAGGCACAUCUUGAACAAUACUGGAACCCCAAAACGUCCAGGAAUUGCUGUUAGUACCUAUAUUUACGAGCUUUACAAUGAGGACACGAAGCCUGGACCACUCUCGGAGAAGAAUUGGGGAUUGUUUGAUGCAAAUGGGGACCCUGUUUAUAUAUUACAUUUGACAGGAUCAGGAUCAGUGCUGGCAAAUGAUACUACUAACCAAACCUAUUGUACGGCAAAGGAUGGUGCUGAUCCGAAGAUGCUGCAGGCUGCACUGGAUUGGGCUUGUGGACCUGGCAAGGUGGAUUGCUCGCCAUUGCUGCAGGGAAAGUCAUGUUACGAACCGGACAAUGUGAUUGCACAUGCAACUUACGCUUUUGACACGUACUUCCAUCAAAAUGGCAAGGAUCCUGAGUCGUGCAACUUUAAUGGAGUGGCUGCCAUUACCACUACAGAUCCAAGUAAGUAUCAAAUACUAUAUAUAUGGAUCCUGAACUUUGACGAAUUAGCAUUUGAGUUUGAGAUAAAGGAGAAAACACAUUGUAACAUCUGGGAAUUUUUACAGUGAAUUUCGAUUCAUUUCU